AUGAAUCCUCAAGUUCAGAAAACGAUAAAUCUCAUAAAAGCAACAUAUGAUCAGCCAAUUAUAUUCCACAUUCUACAUUGCAAUCUUGUGCUUCUUCUUACAAACACGACACCCACACUUGAAAUAUCAGAUGACUGGUCGAAGAUCCUAGUUUACAGUGCACAUCCUAACAAGAUUCCAAACCAGGGAUUGGAAUUGAAGAUCCAAGAUUUUUUAAAGAAAAUGAGACCGCCGUUUGACACUUCUGAAAAGAAGCUGAAGCUUAUGGUUAUCUGCUACUAUCUUUUGAAUAGGCCAGCAUCAUUAAUCAAUCACAUACUGGUUUUUGAGUUGGUUUCGAACUUUUUGGGUUAUUCUGAGUAUUUUGAUGGGCUUAUACUCAAAAUGCUGAGCAAUAUAGUCAUAUCCAGACUCUACAAUAUUGAACAGAACAAGAAGAUUAAAGAUUCUGUCGUACAAAGAAUGGUUGAACUGGUACAGACGAAAAGCCUUAGUGAUGAAAAUAAAAUAAAAGCAUUGCCAUGCUUUAUUGACAGCGACACAAAGCCUUUUAAUGCAAGCCUGGCAGUUAUCGAUCAGAGCUUUAUUGGAUAUAAGUAUUUGGAAAUAUUUUGCUUCUAUGCAAAAUAUAGUAAAAAUGCUACAUAUAUCCGAGAGAUUCUUCCCAAUAACAUCAGUUUUAUUGAUGGACUUAAAGAUUUCAUGGCCUUUAAUUUUUCGUUUUCUGUUACAAACGAUAUUGAUUUGAAAAAAUGUUUUGUAGAAGACAAAAGUAUUUUUGAUCAAAUCAAACAGGCAUUUGGUCUAACAGAAGAUAAAAGCAAGUUCAUUUCAGAUCUUUUGGAGUAUAUUUCAAAUCUAGGAUAG